ACAUACAUAAAUACAAAUAGAAUAAAAUAAAAAAAAAUAUUGUAACAAGUGCUGAGUGUUGCUGUGCAUUUUACGGUGUAAUCUUGCUCUUCUACUUGUGUAUUUGUCCGUGUAUUUAUCUAACCGUUAAAACGGGCGCUAUCUCGCCGCUGCUCGAACGCGUCGUCCGUCAGCACGUUACGGAAUUUUAUUUGAUUUGCAAUUGAAUUGCAAUUGAAUACACAGAAAUCGUAAAGAUAUUGAGAAAUAGCAAUAACAAUAAUAACAACAACUGUAGAAGUGUAUACUCACAAGCAGAUGAAAUAAAAAUCAACAACAACAAAAGUCUUUUCAAAAGCCAACGAAUUAAAUAAGAAAUUCUGUUAAAUUGUGUACUUUCAAUUUUGAUUACAUCAACGAAGCGGCCUGCACACAUACAAACAUACACACAAACACACUCAUAUCAGAGCAACAGCGUAUCCAGCCCAAACCACCCACACGAGCAGCCCAAAAGCAGGCGUACGUGUGUGCCAUUGGCGCGCCUACAAGCGAGCACACAGCCCACGAGGCAGAGGCAAGCAGACGGACAGACAGACAAGUCCUACAAGCCCAUACAUACAUAUGUACACCAAGACACUCACUUAUAUAUUUAUGCGAGUAUAUGAGCACCUUGAACCUCAGCCGCAAUUGGUUGCUCUUGUUGUUGUUGUUUUGGCGUCGUCUAAUCAUCGUCGCACUUUGUAAUAGCUUCUAAUUGUUCCAGACAACGCCGGCGUAUUGCUGUUGUUGUUGCACAGUUACUGAGUGCGCCGCAACAAACACUCCACUCGAAGGCACUUGAGUGCUUUGGAACUCUUAAUUGAGUUUUCAAAUGAUAUGGUAUCAACAGAAAUCCCUGGAAACGAACGCAAAUUCAGCAGUGACCAUCAUCAGCUAUCGAGCAAUUUAACCACCAAUUAGAUUUGUUGAUCUGGUGUUCUUUCUCUCCAAACAUUUAAACCACCUAAAUUGGAAAUUAUUUAUAUUUGAUUGAUGCGAAGUGAAUUUAUAUUUCGUGGAAUUCAAAUAUUACGACACCGCUACUGAAGUGAAAAAUCUCCAGGACAAGCUUGCAAUUUGCAGAUCCACAUUUUCCAUCGUGGUUUUCAUUAGGCAAAACGUCAGCGUGUUGUAAAUCAAACGUCAAAACCAAUGUUGGGUAAAUUCACUUCGAAUCAUGUGCAGGUGUAUCAUCAGUACUCGCGUACCGUCUCUCUGAAGAAGCCAAAGAAGCAUACACCUCGCAGCUGGAUUGAGACAAAUUUUCAGAAGAGAGAAUGCAUCAAAUUCAUACCAUGCCCCAAAGAUGAGACCAAAUGUUGUUGCGGUCAGUCACGUCAAACCCAUCAAACGAUACCGGGCAUCGAAAGUGGUUCGCCCGGUGACAGUUGGCUGCCACAGAAGCACACCAGAGCACAACCCACCGAUGCAUACGGUACAAUUGAAUUUCAAGGCGGUGCACAUCCGACCAAAGCACAGUAUGUGCGUCUGUCCUUCGAUACACGCCCGGAAUUGCUGGUGCAGCUGUUUACCAAAGAAUGGAAUUUGGAAUUGCCGAAACUUUUGAUUACAGUACAAGGUGGCAAAGCGAAUUUCGAACUGCAACCAAAGUUGAAAAAGGAAAUCCGUAAAGGUCUUUUGAAAGCGGCGAAAACGACGGGAGCAUGGAUAUUUACAGGCGGUACAAACACAGGUGUUACGAAGCAGGUGGGCGAUGCGUUGUUGCUUGAGGGUCAGCAGCGGAGUGGGCGUGUCGUCAGCAUCGGUAUUGCACCCUGGGGUAUAGUGGAGCGUAAUCAUGAACUUUUGGGGCAUAAUCGAGAGGUGCCCUGUCACAGCAUAAGCUCACCGAGGUCCAAAUUAGCUGUGCUGAAUAAUCGUCAUGCUUACUUCCUGCUGGUCGAUAACGGUACACAGGCAAAAUAUGGCGCCGAGUUGAUAUUGCGACGAAAAUUGGAGAAAUUCAUAUCGAACUUGAAGCUACAUCCGUUUACACAUUCCAGCACACCGGUCGUCUGCCUGGUUAUCGAGGGUGGCACAAAUACGGUACGUGCCGUGCUUGAAUACGUGACGGACACGCCGCCAGUGCCGGUGGUGGUGUGCGAUGGCUCGGGUCGUGCGGCCGAUCUGAUAGCGUUCGUGCACAAAUACGCCUCGGAUGGCGAGGAGCAGCCGGUGCUGGAGUCUAUGCGUGACUAUUUAAUUACAACCAUACAAAAAACUUUCGAAGUCGGCUUCGACCAAGCCGAAAAACUUUAUCAGGAACUUUUGCAAUGCACACGAAAUAAAAAUUUGAUAACCGUUUUUCGCAUACAAGAGAAGCCCGAAGGCGAGGCACAGGAAUUGGAUCAGACGAUAUUAACGGCGCUCUUCAAGUCGCAACACUUGAGCCCACCGGAGCAGCUGAGUUUGGCAUUGACAUGGAAUCGCGUUGACAUCGCUCGCAGCGAAAUUUUCGUCUACGGCCAAGAGUGGCCGCAUGGCGCUCUGGAUGAGGCGAUGAUGCAGGCACUCGAACACGACAGAAUCGAUUUUGUGAAAUUACUUUUGGAGAAUGGCGUUUCAAUGAAGAAAUUUUUGACAAUACCACGCCUUGAGGAAUUGUAUAAUACAAAACAUGGUCCAGCCAAUACUUUAGGUUAUAUUUUACGCGACGUACGUCCACACAUACCAAAGGGAUACGUCUACACACUACACGAUAUCGGUUUAGUUAUUAACAAAUUAAUGGGUGGCGCGUAUCGCUCAUAUUAUACACGCCGAAAAUUUCGUCCGAUCUACGCCAAAGUAAUGAACAGUUAUGCCAAUGCACACCGCAAAUCCUCAACAUAUCAACGUUAUGCGGGCGCGAAUUCCUUGAGUUUGGUCACCGGAUUGCUGCCAUUCACAACGGAAAUGGCACUUUUCGAAUUUCCUUUCAACGAAUUGUUGAUUUGGGCUGUGCUUACGAAGCGUCAACAAAUGGCGUUGCUUAUGUGGACGCACGGCGAGGAGGCGUUGGCGAAAUCCCUGGUGGCCUGUAAACUGUACAAGGCCAUGGCACACGAGGCCGCCGAGGAUGAUUUAGACACGGAAAUCUAUGAUGAAUUGCGUGCAUAUGCGAAGGAAUUCGAGAGCAAAGGUAUUAAACUAUUGGACUUCAGCUAUCGCACUGAUGCGGAGAAGGCUCAACGACUACUCACUUGUGAGCUGCACUCUUGGUCGAACCAAAGUUGCCUUUCGCUGGCGGUGGCCGCCAAUCAUCGUGCGCUCUUGGCGCAUCCGAGCAGUCAAGUCAUACUGGCCGAUUUGUGGAUGGGCGGCUUGCGAACACGCAAAAAUACAAAUAUUAAGGUCAUCUUAGGUCUUUUGAUACCCUUUUAUAUCAGACAUUUGGAUUUCAAAUCCAAAGAAGAGCUACAACAAAUGCCACAAACCGAAGAGGAGCAUCUGGAGAAUCAAAAUUUGGACAACGACGAUUCGGAUCGUUCUCAACCCGACGCCGAGGCACUUUUGGCGGACACAUACUCCCUACGUGAUACCAAAGUACAAGAGAAUGGAAAAGUUUCACUCACCGAUUCCGAUCCAUCACAGUUCCGUGAUAUUUUUAAUUUGGGCGAUUACGAGCUGAAGCAGCAUCAGCCGCUGCGUUUGAAGAAGAAAUUCUAUGAAUUUUAUACCGCUCCAAUUACGAAGUUCUGGGCAGAUUCGAUUGCCUACAUGUUUUUUCUAUUCAUGUUCACCUACACCGUGCUGGUGAAGAUGGGCCCGACGCCGCGCUGGCAGGAGGUCUACUCCAUCGCAUACAUAGCCACUUUGGGUUUUGAGAAAAUACGAGAAAUUAUCUCUUCGGAGCCGGUGGCCAUAACCCAUAAAUUUGCGGUCUGGGCCUGGAAUAUGUGGAAUCCCUGCGAUGCAGCUGCUAUUAUCUUGUUCCUGAUCGGUUUAUCGCUGCGCUUUCGACCCAACACAAUGGAUAUCGGCCGCGUGAUUUACUGUGUGGAUAGUAUUUAUUGGUAUUUGCGAAUACUCAAUAUUUUGGGUGUCAACAAGUAUUUGGGUCCGCUGGUCACUAUGAUGGGCAAAAUGGUUAAAAACAUGAUUUAUUUUGUGGUGCUCUUGGCUGUGGUGCUAAUGAGUUUCGGCGUCAGUCGUCAGGCCAUACGGCAUCCGGGCAAUGAGCCAACUUGGGGUUUAAUUAAAGAGGUUUAUUAUCAGCCGUACUUCAUGUUGUAUGGUGAAGUGUUCGCCGAUGAUAUUGAUCCACCAUGCGGUGAGGAGCCGCAUCAGAAGCCUUGUCCCACUGGCCAUUGGGUGACACCGAUCAUAAUGGCAAUGUACCUGUUGAUAGCCAACAUUCUGCUAAUUAAUCUGCUGAUUGCCGUCUUCAAUAACAUUUUCAACGAAGUGAACUCGGUUUCGCAUCAGGUUUGGAUGUUCCAACGCUUCACCGUCGUCAUGGAGUACCAACAGAAGCCCGUGCUGCCGCCACCCUUCAUCGCGCUCUGCCAUUUCUACUCGCUGCUCAAGUAUUGUAUACGCAAAGCGAAAGGAUUGGAGGUACAACGUGACAAUGGCCUAAAAUUGUUCCUGGAAAAGGAUGAUAUGGAGCGUUUGUAUGACUUCGAAGAGGAGUGUGUGGAGGGUUUCUUCCACGAACAGGAAAUCAUCUUGAAUCAAUCGACUGAUGAACGUGUUAAGAACACAACCGAGCGUGUUGAAAUAUUGGCGCAAAAAAUCGAGGAUAUUAACCAGAAGGAGAAUGUGCAGACAGCAACGGUACAGAGCAUCGAAUUUCGUCUACGGAAAAUGGAAGAAUCCUCCGAACAAAUACUUUCACACUUGGCUGUCAUACAUCGUUUCAUGUCGAUGCAUAUGCUCGAUGGUGUUGACUUACAAGCGUCCAAUAUGAAUAUUGCCACUGAUCUGCAGCGAGUACGAACGGUCUCGAUGUCGGAUAAUGAAGCACCGAUGCCACCACCAAAUUUACAGGUCAAUAACCGGCGUCGCUUCAAUCGUUCACUUACUGAAGUGCGUCCUGAUGCAUACAUUUUCGACGAAGGCACACACUUCGAAGUGGUGCCAGUACCUGAAGAGCCCGACGAGCUGGACAAGUCACGCGAGGCGCUCAAUGAGCAUGUCGGCCGCAAGAUAUCCAUGCAAUCCGAAUCCGAUUCGGACAUUUACCUGCCCAUGUCACAACGACCGUCCACCUGUGAGACUGUAAAGCGCACACCGUACGUCACCGUGCGCCAAGACACCGGCGCCAGCACCGAAAGCAAAGACACCCUAACGCCGCUGGGCGCUGACGACGACCACACGCUGGUCGGUGAGAAUUCGGACGAAACCAAUCAGGAGCUCAAUUUCGAAGCCGCCAAGCGUCGGGCCAUGCGCCAACGCACCGUAUCGCUGUGUCGUCGCAACUCCGAAGCGUGCUCCAUCAUAGCUGCUGCCGAUAUUAACCGCUCACACAUAAGUCUGAAUCAGUUGCCGCUGUCACGUCGGCAAAUGAGUCUCACGCAAUCUGAGCCCGAUAGUGACAAGGAGGCGAUUGGAGGGGGAAAAGCCACGUUGCAUGCGAAAUCGUCCAGAAAUAUUCUGCUGAAGUUCCACACCGAGUACACUUCAAUUACGGAUGAAUUGGAGAGUGUAUGCCAUUUGAUUGCCUCGCCGACGGUCUCAUUGCCAAGUAAUAAAGCAUCACUGGAUCGUCCGACGGGUGAAAUGUCCAAGGCUGAGUUUGCCGCCCUGAUGGAGAAGCAGCAUUUGAAGGAAUGCGAGGAGAACGACUACAUGAUGCUCGAGGGACUGUUUCAGGCACGUGCGUCCAUCGAUGACACCGACACUUCCUUCGGGACCGGUGCAUCAGCUGAGUUUAGUCAUCGCCAUCCACUGCGUCGGGAGACAGCCAUCGAACUUUCGCCGUCCAAGCCGCCUUCAGGUGGUGGCAUGCUCGGCUGCGGUAACAGCAGCGACACCAGCGGAGCCGGCAGCGGAGGAGGCGGCGGCAUUACCACCGGUGUAUUUACGAGCUCAUCCACCGGACCAGCCGGUUUCCAAUUGAAAAACGAACGCCCGUGGCAGCGCAACUCAUCAAUGGAACAGCAGCAAACAUAUCAAACGCCCGCCGCGGUGCCAACGCGUGCUGCCAGCGAAUUCCUCAAUGCGCCAUUCGAAAGCAGCGGCAGACUAUUCAAGAAAUCCAGCGAAAGCCUACAAAAGGGCUCCAGCACGGAGACCGACUACUCAGCACAUCCAUAUCGCUUUAUUAAGCAAAGUUCAAACGACACAACCACCUCAAUGACUGGUUCCUACAACAUCGACACGCCAACGCUGGCGGCCGAGCUCUCGCUCGACGCCGUCGACGCCAACACACAAACGACGGCGCCACCAACAACAGGCACCACAACAUUGACGGAGUACAACGUCAGCAGCGGCGCCAGCAACACGGCAGCAGGUAACGGCGGCAGCGCGAGCGACACCACAGCGCGUUAUCAGCCGCUGCGCACCGCCUCCAUGGGCGCUGGCGACGGCAAGCGUGAUGGCGCUAGCAAACGCGCCAGCGACACCAAGGAGCUAAGUGCCACAGCCGCAGCUGCGGCGGCGGUAAUAUCGCAGGUGCAGUCAGCGUUGCCGCGUGCCAUGCAGCUGAAGAAGCAGUUUAGCAUGGAUCAGGCGAACAAAAUGCAGCCGCAGCAGCUGCAAUACGGCUCGCAUGUACAACACCAACAACAGCAACAGCAGCAUAAUGUGUUGCCGGCCACCGCGUUGGCGGCCAGCGCCACAGCGACAGCGUCCAGCGUAUUGGCCGACAAGGCGAGCGCGAGCGGUGCGGCUGCUGUGCUGCCAGCGCUUGCAGUGCCAGCCAAAUUGUUGUCCUCACUCAAGCCGCCCGGCGGCAUCAAAACGCUCGGCAUGAACAUACUCAAGGAGAGCAGCUCCAGCACGGAGGAAUCGAAAGAUAGUGGCGCCGGCAGCGGCGGCGAACCAGCGCUAACCGGUGCGACCAUGCCGCAAAUAAGCACACACACGGUGCAGGACGAGAUCGCAAAGCUCUCGUCCAACAUCAAGUCGAGCACCGAAUCGGAGAAGGAUCCGCCCUACAAUGAGACAAUGUGCUGAUCGCCAAAAGCCGAAAUACAACGCCUACGGCACACACACAUACACAUCUACUACCUGUAAUGCGGCAAGUGCGCGUGCGUCGCGCGCAUUUAUCUAGGAACUAGCUACCUUAAUUAACUGUUUGUAUUUUUAUUGUACAUAAAUAUGUAUGUAUGUGAUUCAGCGUUGUUGAUUAGUGGCGUAGAGUGUUUAGGGAGCGUUUAGAAAAUAUAAUAUAUAUUUACAUAUAAAUAUUUAUAUAUGUAUAUGUUUGUAGCGCCAGCAGCAUACAAAAUGAGCGUAAAUCUAUAUGUAUACAAGUAAGCUGAAGUUGAAACUAGGUCUAGUAGCAAAUUAUGUAUGUAACUGAGGCGUACUGUUACGGCAGGUUUAUAGACAAAUUCUUUUUAAAUAAUAUAUAUA